GGCGGCGGCGGCAUGGCGAGGUUCCCGAGGGCCGACCUGGCCGCGGCAGGAGUUGCGUUACUUUGCCACUUUUUAAUGGACCGGUUUCAGUUCACCGAAGGGGAGCCUGGAAACCAAAUCAAUGAUUGGCAAUAUCAAGUUGCUCAGGUCUUCCCACAAACAGAAGAGGAAGUGGAAGUGGACACACAUGCCUUCAGCCACCGGUGGAAAAGGAGCCUGGAUUCUCUCAAAGCUGUAGACUCGAACCGUGCAAGCGUGGGCCAAGACUCCCCAGAGCCCAGAGGCUUCACGGACCUGCUACUGGAUGAUGGGCAGGACAACACCACCCAGAUUGAGGAGGACACAGAUCAUAAUUACUAUAUAUCUCGGAUAUAUGGUCCAUCUGAUUCUGCCAGUCGGAGUUUGUGGGUGAACAUAGACCAAAUGGAAAAGGACAAAGUGAAGAUUCACGGAAUAUUGUCCAAUACUCAUCGGCAAGCUGCAAGAGUGAAUCUGUCCUUUGAUUUUCCAUUUUAUGGCCAUUUCCUACGUGAAAUCACUGUGGCAACUGGGGGUUUCAUAUACACCGGAGAAGUUGUACAUCGAAUGCUAACAGCCACACAGUACAUAGCACCUUUAAUGGCAAAUUUUGAUCCCAGUGUAUCCAGAAAUUCAACAGUCAGAUAUUUUGAUAAUGGCACAGCACUUGUUGUCCAGUGGGACCACGUACAUCUCCAGGAUAAUUACAACCUGGGAAGCUUCACAUUCCAGGCAACCCUCCUCAUGGAUGGACGUAUCAUCUUUGGAUACAAAGAAAUUCCCGUCUUGGUCACACAGAUAAGUUCAACCAAUCACCCAGUCAAAGUGGGGCUGUCUGAUGCAUUUGUCGUAGUCCACAGGAUCCAGCAAAUUCCCAAUGUCCGAAGAAGAACAAUUUAUGAAUACCACCGAGUAGAGCUACAAAUGUCAAAAAUUACCAAUAUUUCAGCUGUGGAGAUGACCCCAUUACCUACAUGUCUCCAGUUUAAUGGCUGUGGCCCCUGUGUAUCCUCUCAGAUUGGCUUCAACUGCAGUUGGUGUAGUAAACUUCAAAGAUGUUCCAGUGGAUUCGAUCGCCAUCGGCAGGACUGGGUGGACAGCGGAUGCCCUGAAGAGUCCAAAGAGAAGAUGUGUGAGAACACAGAGCCAAUGGAAAGUUCUUCUCAAACCACCACAACUGUACAAGCAACAACCACAAAAUUCAGGGUCUUAACGACCACCAGAAGAGCAGUGACAUCCCAGCUGCCCACCAGCCUGCCCACAGAAGAUGAUACCAAGAUAGCACUACAUCUAAAAGAUAAUGGAGCUUCUACAGAUGACAGUGCAGCCGAGAAGAAAGGGAGCACCCUUCAUGCUGGCCUCAUUGUUGGAAUUCUCAUCCUGGUCCUCAUUAUAGUAGCAGCCAUUCUCGUGACUGUCUAUAUGUAUCACCAUCCAACGUCAGCAGCCAGCAUUUUCUUUAUUGAGAGACGCCCAAGCAGAUGGCCUGCAAUGAAGUUUCGAAGAGGUUCUGGUCAUCCUGCCUAUGCGGAAGUUGAACCAGUUGGAGAGAAAGAAGGUUUCAUUGUAUCAGAGCAGUGCUAAAAUUUCUAGGACAGAACAGCACCAGUGCUGGCUUACAGGUUGUUAUUACGCAGAUUGAUGCACAGAUGUACAGAUGUACAGACUUUCAAAACUUACAUCAAUGUAACUCAUAUGAAGCACAUCCUUGGUUCAGUCUCAGCACAAAUUUGCAUCCGGAGGAAGAAAAGCAUCAAUCCUAAAAGCAUUCAAAGACAAUCAAAUCAAUACACUUCUUGAGAAAACGCCAAAGGAAAUUGCUCAAUUUUUCCUCCAUCUUAAUAUUUUCUCUUAGUAUUUCCCCUCUGUCACAUCUCUCCCAACUUUGACUCCUCUGCCAUGAAAGAGGCCCUGUGAGUAUCCUGUACCUAGCACAAAUCUUUAUUCUGUAGAGUCACUUAGCCUCUCUAGUUCCUUGUGAUUUCCUAGUUUACUCUUUGUAGCAAUGAGAAGCCCAGAAGCUGACCACCAGGCUUUUCUUUAGAAGGAAAUACCUCAAAUAAAUAAUUUUAAAUAGUUGUUUUAUCCCUGUAACACAAAUAUAAGGGGCCAAUGCAUUAAAAUAUAAAAAUAUGUGGAGCUUAAUUGGAACUAUAGAAAUUAGCAAAUGCAAAUAAGAGGAUUACUAUUCUUUUAAAUUAUACUACUACGCAGAUAAUAUAUAUUCUGAUUAGUAUAAUUUAUUAGUUUCUGAGGCAAAAAAUCCUUAAUGUUAUUACCUUUCGUGAAGAAGUAUAAAUUUUGUUAUGUACUCUUGUGUCUGUUGCCCGUUUGAGAAAAUGUUUUGCUAGAAUCCAUGCCUUGAUUCAAGAAACUUUCCUUCCAUGAUAAGAAAUGAGUUUUUAAAUAAGACUGAGAAAGAGAUCCUAUUGUCAUGGUUUCUUCCUCCUGUAACAUGUUAUUUUGCCUUGUAUUUCUGCAGGUAUUUUUCAGAUAUUUUAUUACAAUGAGCUUUACUAAUUCCCAAAGAUUUCUCUAGCUCUAACUUUCCCAUCCUAUCCUGUGUUUUGGCAUCAGUCCAUAGGCCAGAAUUACGGCAGGUCAUCUAACCCAAGCUUAUCAUCUUACAGAUCAAAAACACUGAUGCCCAGAAAGAUAUGAUAAUUUUCCCUGUGUCAGAAUUGUGUGUUGAACUUAAAACUCCUGACUGGUCAUUUCUGUUACCACUUUUCUUGCCUUGGUCAGCAAUUAAGGCCAACCAACCAGCUUAGAGGGCUAAUUUCAUCUGUAGUAUUGACUAUUCUUAUAGAACGUGGACAAUCUUCCUCUAUCAUGUUCAUGUAUGGUACCAUCUUUAUAACAACCAGUGACUUCAGGCUCCAGCCAUUACAGUGUCUUUAUUUGGUUUUGCAUGUCCCUCACCCCUCCCUGUGGUCAUCUGUCAGCAAUACUAUUUUUUCUCAUUUAAAAUUGUUCUACCUUUGUUUCGUUUCUUCCCAAAUAUAUCUGAAAACUAAGACUCUUCAUAGCCUGUUUUAUUACAACACAAUUUUUAUUUGCUUUUUAAACUGUUUGAACAUUUUUGUCCUAGGAAGGUUUUCUUGAGCAAAUAUUGUGAGGUCUGUGGCAUUACCUAUUAUAUAUUCAUAUUAUCUUGUGUUUGUAAAGCACUUUACAUUUUGUGGAGCACUUUGACUCAUCCCUUUAUUUGUUCACUCAUCCAGCCACUCAGUUUACUUAAAUGUUUAUUGAGCACCUACUGGAACCAAAUUCCUCUACUGGACCUUGUGAUAUAUAGAGAUAAAUACAAGUAGUGAGAGUUCAGGCAUGUCAACUGAUAAUUGUAAUAUGAUGGAAUCCUCAAACACAAUUUUACAAGUGGGUCAGACCAAUAUAACUCCAUCCAAUUCCCAAUUCCAGUAGUCUACUAUAUGUAGAUAGGGAGGUAUCAAGUAUGUUCCCGAAGACUGUUUCAGAAAUACAGUACAUCGUUGCACAUUGGUGCUGUUUGCUCUAUUUCUAAUGAUUUGCAAAUUUCAUUCGUGAGAAGAGUGACUCAUCCAAAGUUGUCCCAGACCCAGGAGGACUUCCCAGGUCACUUGAACUUCUUCAGACUAGAUGUAACAGUUCUCUUUUCUUGUACCAAUAUUUUCUGAAUUUUCAACAUCAUAGUUUUAAGGUUUUCUGGAAGCACCAGUGUAUCAAAGAAGCAUUUGCACUUUAGGUGUGUGUGGUUGUUAUGUCACAAGCUUUCUCAAUUUCAGGAUUAAUUCUUUGUGGGAGGGUAAGAUGGAAAUAGUUCCAUGCAUUGUAGGGCAUAUUUGGCAGCUUCCAGGCAGAACAGCUUCUGUUGACUUUAUGCCCGUAGCACUCUGUCUCUCUGUCUCUCUUUCUCUCUCUCAUACACACAUACACACACACACACACACGCACGCACGCACACACAUGAACUAUGAUAACUAAAGAUGUCUCCAAACAUUGCCAAAUGUCCUUGGAUUGGGCUUGGUAAAAGUACCAGAUAAUCUAAUGAGCAAAACAUAUGAGGGAAAAAAAAGAAAGGUUUCUCUUUUUCUUUUUACUUAAACUUUAUAAUAAAUAGGGUUUUUUUUCUAUUUCCAAUAAGACUUGGAAUCAUAAACUGUUUGAAUUAGAAGGGACUGUAAAAGUUACUAGUUCAGUUACAACCCACCAUCAUCCUUAUCUAUUUCCCCAUCUCUCAGCUUUACAAAUUUAUUGAGAGAUCAGAAGAUUGGUUAUCUCUGGAAACUUGGAAACUGACUUUUUCAUAGUGAGAGAUAAGUCUGUUUGGUAAUUAUGCCUUGCUGCUAUAAUAGUACCUGCUGUGAUUUUAGCUUCAGUAUGGGGACUCUGGGUCAUACAACUUCAGUAUCCCAAUCUCUGCUUUCAGGAGUUUUCUUUUGGUCAUUUCACACAUCUGUAAAUCUUAGUCUUUCAUCUUUGCCUUCAAAAUAUGUAUGGAAGUUGAAGCUUGGUACAUCUAAAUUCAAGUAUAUCUGGAUGAGCUUUUUAUUUCUGAUACUCUGAUAUUUCCAUUUCUGUAUCUGAUUUUUUAUUAUCCUUCUAGAAGAAAAAAUUGACUGUCUCAAGUAAUUGAAAAUUGGAAUUUUGAGAGUCAGAAUGUUUAAAUCUGUCAAGCCAAAGUUCCUACUGAUUUGAUGUGCCUUAAGUCCGUUUUCCUGUUGGGUCAGUGAUUUCCUAUGGGUAACCGUGAGUCAAGUCAGUUGUGCUUGUGUCUAUCUGCACCAGUUAGAAAACUUGAUGGAGUUUUAGCAAAGACAAUCCCUCAGGAAUAUUCCUAGAAUAACAACAAGCUCCCAACUAGAAUAGCAGGCCUCCCUUGAUUCCUUUUCUAACAGACCACCCCAGACUUUGCAAGCAUUCUUAAUCAUUUACUAAAAGUUGCUACUAUGACGACACAAUUGAAAGCCUUGAUUACCCCUUUGUCUAAGGCUAUAGAAUAAUUGAUGAGCACGCAUAGAGUGAGCUCUCUCAAGACAAUCCUAGAAACCAGAAAGCUUCAGCCCAGGAGACCCUUGAGCACACCUCUACCACGAUCCUAUCAGACAGUUUGAUGUUACAUAAUAUUUUGAUUAAGCUGAUCUUCUAAUCUCAGUCGAAAUUGGAAUGCAUCUGCUGAUUGUGACCUGACAUAACUUUUAAACCAUCCACUGCCCAUCACUAUCACAGUGAUUAUUGCAAAGAAGUAAAAUGGUAAUUUUUUUAAGAUGGUAAUUAUUCAAGUAAAAUCACAUAAUUUCUUGAAUCACUUCCCCCUGACAAGUUUAUGAAGUACAUCAUCAUUGGCUUCUCAGUAGCACAUUUAUUAUGAAUGACCAAAUUAUGUCUAGAGAAAUAAGUGCUCAAAACAUGUCAUUGUAAGUGAAUUUCCAGGUGACUGUUGACAUUAAAAGAUUCUGUUACUUCAAAUCCAGAAUAAAAGGCUGGGGGGAAAAGUAAUGUAAAUCAUAUGCUGGUCCUCGUCUUUUUCUAAUUUCUAAAAUUUACUAACAUCUGAGAAUUACUAAAAAAAAAUCUCCUAAUGGAAUAAAGCAAAACAAUUUAAGUUGGCAGAUAGUGAUAUAUCUAUCUUGAUUCUGGUUGAAAGUCUCAGUGACUUCUCUAAUUCCUACUAGUGUGUUACUUUUAAAAAGAAUCUCUCUUUUCCCUAGCAUUACAAAAACUAUAUAUUCAUGACCAAAAUACCACUUAAUGAUCAUGAAGCUAUAAACCUUUUGCCUAUUACACAGAUAAAUAGCAUGAAACUAAUUUUAGAAGUUUGCUAUAUGAGGACAGGUAUAAACAUAGGAGCAGGUGGGUGGGUAUAUUCAUGGAAAAAAUAAAGAUUGAUAUAGACCAUCAAGCAGAAUUUUCACCUUCUUCAGAGCAAUGUACAGAUCGAUAGUAGAUGAAGAUCAGCUCACAAUUAGGUCAUUCAGACACUCAUACACUGGGGCACAAAUCCUGCAGGUUAUCCUAGGAAGCAGGUGACAUACAGAAAGUCACAAAUGUCCUCAAUCUAACUCAACUAUCAUCCACCUAUACUUCUCCCUAUGGCACAAUACGAAAGCCAUGAAGGCCCCUGCUCUAGGAAAUUGGGUUACUUAUGGUCAAGUAGGGACCAAAAAGAGGGUUUUCCAUUGAUCUUCUCUGACCUUCAAGGCAAGUGCUUUGGUUCCCCUGUACCAGAGACCAUGAGACAGCCAACCACACACAGGCAAUAAAAGUACAAUAAAAAGAAAAUAAUUUUCUUGAGGAAAAGAGAAGAAAUGAUUCUUUCAACUGCGGACCUGUUGCUGAAUCUUUGUGAGGUUUGACCAUCUCGGGACCAGAUUCAUGUACUAUUAUCAAGACAUAUGGUCAAGUUCAAGCAACUACUUGUAAGGUGAUUUGAAUAAAAACAUGCUCAGAUUGUCAUAUUUAUAGCAGAGAAAUAAAAACCCAAAUUAAGUGUCCUCCACCAGUUUACUCUGAAAAUACCAUCAAAGUGAAGUCAGAGCUUUCCUUGCUGAGAACUGUUAAAAUCAUUUUAGGGAAAUGAAUUAAGGUUCUUUAGACAUAGACAUUUUGUGUACAUUAUAGCUAAACCUCAGGGCCCUAGCUGAGAAGGAGAAAGUCUUUUCAUAGGUUGGUCAAAACAAAUCUCUCAUUUGCCUCAUUUGAGACAUUUGGACAGUGCCUGGGAAGUACAUUAUUUUCAAGGGAAAAAAAGACAGCCUUUUUUGCAUGCCAGCUGGGAUCAUGGGAACUUCCAAUGCCAGGAAUUUACUACUGUUUCUGGUAAUUCUGCUUGUAGUCAUCUGAAAUGUUGAAGUGUGAAAGGAGAAGUUGGGCACCCGGGGGGGCUGUCUGUGUUUUAUGCCAGUUGCACCAGUGCACAGAAUAUUUGUAAAUGCACUUCCAAGUGGGUAUAAUUGUACCCUUUGUCAGAAUCACAAAGCUCACUGUGGUGCUCCUGAGAGAGAACAUUGGGGGAAAAUCUGACCCUCUAAAGCCAGUCAACCCCAUACAAAAGGAAAGACUGUGUGGGUGAGCACAGCACAUUUGCAAAAUUGUUUCUCACUGUUUUUCCAAAGCGCUGUACUCAAAUCAAGGAUGCGUCUUUCAGGUGAAGGUUAAUUUUGCAGAGGUUUUCCAAAACUUCAUUUAGAACAGGGUUUGGAAAACUGAGCACUUUAAAUUUGCUCCAGUCCUCUGGGCAUCAUUCCUAUUUCCUCUGCCCUGUCAGUGAGACAUUCCGAGCUGCAUUCUUCCACGAUCAAAUAACAUGCGCAUUCUUCAUGAUGACCUCACGCUUGACGUACCUGAACCUGCAAAUGUAAAAAAUGAUUGUACAUGAAUUUGCACUAAUGGUGUCUGAUAGCAGAAAAGGUAUGACCUUUAUUGAAACCUACUGCUUCAAUUCAAGAAUUCAGAUGCUAUGUACUUCUGCAAGCUUCCUGAUUAUUUUCUCUGUAAGAUUAAUUAUCUGAGUUUGAAUCUAUUUCCUUAAAGUUCAUUAAUUUGCCAUCUCUUUUACCUGGGGAUCGUUAUGAUUGCAAUAAUUCAUUAAAGUUUUCCUCAUGCAGCUACUACUUAAGCCAAGUUUUUCUGCAAUUCUGGUUCUGCCUACAGUAUGUGGGAAAUCUUCAAAAAUUUUUUUUCCUAGUAAUAAUUUUGUAAGAAAGCCGGUUUAUCGACUGUGAUGGUGGCACAGUUCGUCUUAAGAAGUCUGGAAGCUGGUGGUGACCAAAUGUUAUCUGUGUUCUCUCUGUUGAUUGCUAUUUUCAGAAUUAAAUCCUGUUUUUUCACUUGCAGUUGGAGUCAACAAAUUUGGGAUUUUAGAAGGGGAAGAAGGGAACAAUUUGUGUAAUACUGCUGUCAUAUUUGACUACAUAUUAAAAACAAUAAAUGAUCAUUUUGUUUUAA